UUAGUAUACAAAGACUCAAAAACACUACGAUCCCCCACCAUCAACAAUCGUCGUGUUCUGGAAUGGGAAUCGGUUGUCAGGAAGCCAUCAUCGAGUUACAGGCAUUGAUGGAUCCAGUCGAAGAACCCCUCAACAGAACGCUUCAGAAUGUCCAUCAAGGCUUUAGACCUGAAACAUUGGCGCGCUUUCUAAAAGCAAGAGAAUGGAAUGUUGCCAAAGCCCAUAAAAUGUUGGUGGAGUGCUUGCAUUGGAGGGUGCAGAAUAACAUUGAUGAGAUAUUAGCAAAACCCAUUGUUCCUACGGAACUUUACAGAGCAGUGCGUGAUUCACAGCUUAUUGGAAUGUCUGGCUACUCGAGAGACGGGCUUCCUGUCUUUGCUAUUGGCGUAGGACUUAGCACACUUGACAAAGCAUCUGUUCACUACUAUGUGCAGUCACAUAUUCAAAUCAACGAAUAUCGGGAUCGCAUAAUUCUGCCUUCUGCAUCUAAGAAGCACGGGCGACCUAUAACCACCUGUAUAAAAGUGUUGGAUAUGACUGGUUUGAAGCUUUCAGCACUGAGCCAAAUAAAGUUGAUGACAAUCAUCUCCACAAUUGAUGACUUGAAUUACCCAGAGAAGACAAAUACAUACUACGUUGUUAACGUGCCAUAUGUUUUCUCUGCUUGUUGGAAGGUCGUCAAGCCCCUCUUGCAAGAGAGAACAAGGAAAAAAAUUCAAGUUUUGCCAGGUUGCGGUCGAGAUGAACUAUUGAAGAUAAUGGAUCUCGAGUCGCUGCCACAUUUCUGUAGAAAAGAAGGGUCCGGGUCAUCACGCCAUUCUGAAAACGAAAACUGCUAUUCGCUGGAUCAUCCUUUUCACCAACAGCUCUACAACUACAUAAAGCAGCAAUCUUUGCUCACCGAACCCUCUCGACCAAUCAAACAGGGAUCUUUUCACGUGGAUCUACCCGAGCCGGCUGCUGAAGGAACAGAGAUUGCUAAAACUCUGGAAUCAGAGUUGCAAAAGAUCGACAAGGGAAACGAGCUGUCAAAAUCCGUCAGUGGCAUCAAAAUAGACGAUGACUGAUCCCGUAGUGCCUCUACAAGCAUUGUACAACUCGACUAGUGAUUCGUAAUCAGAACCGGCAUCAAGCACACGUAUGUGUCAGCCUCGUUAGAAGAUGACUGCGGUUCAACUUGGACCGUUCCCGUUAUAGUAGGAUAUAAAGGAAAGAGUAAUACACCUGGCUCACAUCAUCUUUUAGGUUAGUUUUAGUAAGACAGUGCACGUAUGUGUGUGUGUAUGGUGAUUGAAGUUCAUCCUCAACUGAGUUGAAGUAGGAAUAGCAUUGUAUUAAUAUUGAGUUUAACGAUUUUUUACGUAAUAAUA